AUGUCUCUACGGAAACAAGAAGAGUUUUGGACCAUCUCGCGUCUCUUCGUUUCGUUCCGUUCAUCCUCUGACCACUCUCUACUCCUUUUUGCCUCCGACCAGAUCACCAAGUUCAUUAUGAGCGACGGAACGAUGAAGGCAGUCGUCUUCAAGGGGCCUGGCAAGGUAGUCCUCGAAGACCGACCGAUUCCAAAGAUCAAAGAGCCAACCGACAUCAUCGUCAAAGUCGACAAACCAAUCAUUCAAUCCUCAUCACUCCAGAUGAGAAUAACACCUCUCACCAGUGAGCUCCAUGUUUUCCGCGGCCACCAACCCUCCCCGACGAAUUUCAUCAUGGGCCACGAAUUUACUGGCCAUGUCCACGAAAUCGGGUCUUUGAUCAAAAACUUCAAGAUUGGCGACUUGGUAGUCAGCCCCUUUACCCUCUCCUGCGGCGAAUGCUUCUACUGCAAACAUGGCUACUCGUCUCGUUGCACCAAGAGCUUGCUCUUCGGCUCUACAGCCAUGGAUGGCGGUCAAGCAGAAUAUGUCCGCGUGCCCCUUGCUGAUUCGACCGCUGUCAUUGCACCCUCGGGAAUUAAGAGUGAGGCUUUAGUCCUCAUGGCGGACAUCUUCCCCACAGGCAUGUUUGCAGCCAAGAACGCAUUCACACACUCGACGCCCGAGGAGAUCAAGGAAAGUGUCGUUGUACUCAUCGGCUGUGGCCCAGUGGCUCUCUGUGCCUUGGUCAACCUCACAGACUACCAACCAAAGCAUAUCCUGGCCGUAGACUCGGUGCCUUCGCGCCUCGAACUCGCAAAGUCUCUUGGUGCGGAACCGUGGAACUUCAUGACGGAUCGUGCGGGGCUUGAUGCACGCGUCAAAGAGCUGACGGAAGGUCGUGGCGCAGAUGCCAUUGUUGAGGUUGUAGGCUUGCCACCUGCGCUCAGAAUGGGAUAUGAGCUCGUGAGGCCAUGGGGUGUUGUCAGUUCAGUGGGUGUGCACAACGGGGAGAUUCCCUGGACGGGCAAUGAGGCGUAUGGCAAGAACAUUAGAGUGCAAAUGGGGCGAUGUCCUGUGAGGAGUGUGUUCGAGGAGGCAUUGGAGAGUCUGAAGCGACAUCAGGACAAGCUGAGCUUCAUGGCGGACAGGAUUAUGCCGUUGAGUGAGGCGGUUGAAGGGUAUGAUCUCUUUGACAAGAUGAAGGCGCAGAAGGUGGUGUUUGAUGCGAGGAAGUAA